UUUAGUAUUGCAGUAGACCAAUCAAAAAUCCGAUAUCUAAAAAUAAUACCGGAAGUUAAAGAUUGCAAUACACAAAAUGUCAAUGCUUGCAGAACCUCGAAGAAAACAAAAGCUAUCUAUUGACCCAAGAGGUUCAACCUGGAGUAAAGAUGAAUCUAAAUUUGGACAGAAGAUGUUGGAGAAGUUUGGAUGGUCUAAAGGAAAGGGACUUGGGGCAAAAGAAGACGGGCUAGUAGAUCAUGUAAAAGUAUCUCUGAAAAACGACAAUCACGGUCUUGGAUGUUCUAAAAGUCAAGUAGAUAACUGGAUAGCACACCAGGAUGACUUUAAUGCUCUCCUAGCCAACCUUAAUCAAUCUAACACACAGAAUGAUACUGAUAAAGUAUCUAGUCUUGAAAACAAAUCAAAAACAUCGAAAAGUCGUGUACAUUACCAGAAGUUUACAAAAGGUAAAGACCUUUCUGCAAAAUCCAGUCAAGACCUUGAUUGUAUAUUUGGUAGACGUACAACAAAAACAGAAGAUACCACAGGCUCAGAAAUUCCAGAUAACGAAAGUGAUAUGGAUCCCAAGGAGAAAGUUAAAGGUGGAUUUAUUACAGUUAACAGUGAACAGAGCAUUCAAGAUUACUUUGCUAAGAAAAUGACAAUUUUAAAAAAAGGCAGAAGUUCUAGUGAACCAGAAUUACAUUCUAUAUUGAAAGGUCAUGAUAAAGAAAAUGCAAGUUUUCUGGAUGACAAAUCUUCUGAUGAUUCAGUCAGCAAUUCAUCAUCUAAACGUGUAAGUUUUAUGAUUGGUAUAGAUGAAGAUAGUACAGACAGCAAAUCAAACAGCGAUGAAGAAAAGAUAGAUUUUCAAAGUAGUGAUGAAGAGUUAGAUUCAAAGUCCAUAAAGAAGAAAAAUAAGAAAAGAAAGCAUGAAAAGGUUGAUAAAGAACAAACAAUUGAAGAAAAUGCGGUUGAAACUUGCCAGAAUGAUGUAAAAAAAUCAAAGAAAUCUAAGUUAAGUAAAAAUGAAAGGGAUAUGAACACAGAGGAACAAGUUGAAGCAAGUACAAGUGACAAAAAGAGAAAGAAGCGAAAGAUUUGUUCAGAGGAAGACAAAACGGAACAUUUAGAGGAACUAGUUCAAGGUCAGAAUGAGACCGAAAGAAAUUUAAGGGACAGACUUACUGGUAGUGAUGAAAGUACUGGAGCAAGUGAAAGGAAGAAGAAGAGAAAAAGCAAAGAUAGAAAUGAUCAAGAGUUUGUUGAUAAAAGAAUUCAGAAAGCAAAAUUAAUGAAUGCUUUAGGUAACUUCACAAAAGAACAUUGUCCUGAAUUUGUUUUGGAUGACCAUUUCAAUAAACAAAAAGAUACACCCAAAGAAAUUUCGAAUUUGACUUCAGAAGAAGAAAACAAAAAGAAAAAGAAAAGAAAAAAUAAGAAAAAGUCACAAGAGAAAAACAAAAAUAAAACUAUAAAAACUUCAGGUGAUAACUGUAGUUCAAAUAAACAGAAUGAUUUAGCAAAUAAAGAAGGAAAUAAAGAGAAAUCAAAAAGAAAAAGAAAGAAAAAUAAGAAAAAAGGACAAUCAAAAUCCAGUGAGAAAAAUUUACUUGAUGGGAGUAAAAUGAGUCCAACAGAGACAGGACAAGGUAUCCCUAUGGUACCAAAAGUUAUGAAGGAAUUACAAACUGCAUUUAAAGGAUCCAGUAUGUCUAAUAUUGAAGGCUAUGCUUCAUUGACAGGGUAUAAUGAAACAAAGGUGGAUAAAAAGAUAAAAAAGAAAAUGAAACAAUUAAAGAAAAACAAAUGAAAUACAUUUAUCUAGAUUUUAGUGAAUAUGUGAUGAAAUAUUAAAAUUAUUAAAUCUUA